AUGCCUCACUCAUUAGAAAUGCCACAGCUAACUCGCCGCCUAUCACUGGAGGAAACCUUCAACCUCGCCGACCGUGCAAGGAGGAAGUCCGCCGACAAGAACGUAGACCUCCGCCUCAAGCUUGGACACACCAACGUCCUCGACUCAUUACUCAAAGAUAUUGCACGCAGGUCACCGCCACCCUCACCCACACAGGGUGUGGUAAAACCUGUCGGUGUGCCCCACCACAAGCGCGGCUCUACCAUCACUUGGGCCACCCAAGAAGUCACCAAGGUUUAUGGAGUUGACGACUACGGCUUCGCCUACGAGGACGAUGGCGAAGAGAAUCUUGAGGGCUUGACGCUCACGAGGACCAAGUCGAGGAAGCCGGAACCGUGA